AUGAUCCUUCCGCAGAACGUCAGCGAAUUUCCCCCAGUAGGGAAUGGAAAGCCAGGGGACGAUUCCGAGCGCUCCCCGUGCGUGCUGGGGAUUAUUCCUAUUAUAUAUUACAGUGUUCUGCUCUGCUUUGGGCUCCCAGUGAACAUUCUGACUGCUGUGGUGCUCUCAAGGCUAGCAUCCAAAACCAAGAAAUCUUCCUAUAUCUACCUCUUGGCAUUGACCACCUCAGACAUUCUCACCCAGGUCUUCAUUGUGUUUGUAGGAUUCAUUUUACAAACUGCCAUUCUUCAUCGUAGGGUGCCCAACGCCUUCAUACACCUGGUCAGUGUUCUUGAAUUCUCCUCCAACCAUGCUGCUAUCUGGAUCACCGUAAUUUUGACCAUAGAUCGAUACUUGGCUCUGUGUCACCCAUUGCAAUAUCGGUCGCUCUCAUACCCAGAACGUACACGUAAGAUCAUUGCCAUUGUGUUUCUCUCUUCGUUUAUUACUGGAAUCCCUUUCUACUGGUGGAGUGAUGUAUGGAGAGAUCCCCGGAGCCCAGGAUUGAUGGAUCGUGUUCUUAAAUGGUUCCACUGUUUCAUAAUUUACUUCAUCCCUUGCACCAUUUUUCUCCUUACCAAUACUGUAAUCGUUUGUAAACUGAGGCGGAAAACAGAGUCCAAAAGGUUCAAAUUCCGCAUUGGAAAAACCACAGCCAUCCUUAUGUCCAUCACCACCGUCUUUGCUGUGCUCUGGGCCCCGAGAACCAUUGUGAUCAUCAUCCACAUGUACGUGUCCUCGGUCAAUAAAGACUGGAGGGUCCACCUGGCUAUGGACAUUGGGAACAUGCUGGCCCUCCUCAACACAGCAGUAAAUUUCUUCCUUUACUGUUUUGUGAGUAUAAGAUUCCGAGAUACUUUAAGGGGAAUUAUUUGGAUACCUAAAUGCUGCUACACCAAGGAGGGAGAAAAGGGUCAGAUUGAGAGCUAUAGUAACUCUUUAAAACCUCUGGAAAUCCCACUUGGUACAGUAGACUGA